AUGGAGUUGAAUGAACGAUCAAAGCAAGAACAAGAAAAACAGCAACCAGAAAAAGAAGGAUUUGACUCUUUAAACGACGUUUAUAUGCUUUAUAAGGUGGUUGCGGAAGAAUUCAGUGAGAAAUUACAUCAGAGUAUAUUAAGUGGUGAUAAUGUCGAGUACCUGACUCAUUUUCCGGAUUUAUUGGAAGUGUAUUGUACUGCUGACCGGAACUCAACAUCCCCAAACGUAAUAUCAGAUGAGCAAAUAAUAUGGACAAUAGGAGAAUUUAUCUCAGUUCUCUCAUCACCAAUCGUUUACAGAAGUUUUGGUGGUCUCUAUCAAGAUUGCAUUAUUGAGCUCACUAAAUUUCUGCAACCAUCUAAUGCGCUUUUCGUGCAGAAACAAAUUGUUUUAAUUUUGAAGGGUAUCAUGGAUAAAAAAGGCUUUUUGGUAUUUAAUGUUAAUGAUGACAAAGAACAAAUAAUAUUCACUACCUCAAUGGGUGAUAUCGUUUUAACACCAGUAACAUUUGUUGUCAAUUAUUUGUCAGAUAGUUCUUCGAUUAUUCAGGACAUUUUACUGUUGAGUUUUUUGCAAGUUUUUUCGAAAAAAUUUUUGGAUUUUCGAAUCGAAAUCCGUUUUACAACACGGAACGAUGAACGAAUCAAUUAUGCAGAACGAAGACGUUUUAAUAUAUCUAUGGUUUUGUUUGUUACAGGUCAUCCUCUCAGGUGUAUCGCAAGUGAAGAAUGUAUGGUUAUUACUUUUUUGUAUGGUAAUGAAGUUGUAAGAAUAUUGUAUUUUGACUUACAUGUUGGUGAUCAACAGAAAGCAAUAUUACUUACACAGCGAUUGCUUUCAAUGGAUGCGUGUAAUGCAGUGUUUGCGGAUUUAUUGUUUGAUAAUUUAAUAGCAGUGGAACAAUGGCUUUACGAUUUAACAACUGAAAUGGUUGGUGAUGAAGAACUACGCCUGAAAGAAGCGUUGGAAACUUGUGAACGUACUUUUGGUGAUGUUCUUCGAAAUAUUGAUGAAUGUAAAACCUUUGAUAAAAUUGACUUUUAUCAAUGCCUGAAGUGGACAAAACAAAUUGCGGAAAUAUGUUCCUCACGUCUAAGACCAGAUGAGCGUUUGAUUAAUAUGUUAAUCGAUUUAUGUUCUGUAAAUUUGCGAGUUGAAAAGAGCGUUCGAAAAGAAUGUUGUAUUCUAUCCAAUUAUUUGUAUGCUGUAGUGAGGAAAAUUUUUCAAUGUGAGUUGCAAAUAAAAGCCGAAAAUAUUGGUGAAUUAUUCGAGUUCGUUUUCGUGGUAUUGGAAGAUAAUGAUAUCAAUUCGUCAUUGUUACUGAAUGAACUUAGUGAACAAUUAACAUUUGCUCGACAACGUUAUUUUGACAAUGAGUUGACGAAAUAUUUGCGAAUGAGAGAAAUGAUGAUAGUAGCAUUGAAACAAACAUUGGAAAGCGGUAAAGGCAAUGCUUUUAUUGCUAAGAUUGUUCCUGAAACUGCAGAAGUGAUAGAGAUUAUUGAAAAUAUUUCAAAGAUGCCAGAUGUUGGUAGAGAGGCCUUAGCUGGAUUGAUUUCACUCAUCUUGUCGUUCACUGAAUGUGUCGAGACGAGAGUAGACUUUUGGCUUGCUGUUAUUUCGUUACCGUGGCUCCAAACAGCAGAACUGGUUACUGAUCUGAAACGUUUCAAUCUAGCCUUACCAGCGUUAUCACAAAUUCACAAGUUAUCGUUACGUUGCAGUGAUUAUCUGUCACUCGAUAUCAAAGCGAGUACGAUUCCAGCAUUGGGACAUUUGAAUUUUUGUGCGGAGUGGCGUCGCAAGGUAUACAUCGCAGCCUUAACGUCGGCAGAAAUAUCAUUACUGAGAACAACUGUAGAACAUUUUCCUUCUUUCAUUUUCUCAACAGACAGAAACGAAUUUGAAUUUCUUCUAAACCAUGUGCUUUAUCACGGAAUGCAUGCACUUCAAAAUGAUGAUAAAACUGAAUUAUGUCCUGCUGUUUUAAAAGCAGUGGCAAGAACGUUAUGUUUUGUUAGUAUGGAAAAACGAUUAUCCGAUGAUGAAGUGUGUAUGAUGUGUCGACGAAAAGAAACUGCUAAUCGAAACUUGGAAAUUAAUUUGGACAAAAUUUUUGAACUUGUAAAAAAGGCUAUACAUGGUACUAAUGCAGCAAAAUUAGGUUGCUGUGAGUUGUUGGCCUCCUUGCUAAAUCAUAUAUCCUUCGCAGUAUUGAAAAGAUAUGAAGCAGAAAUACUUUGCACAUUAAUUUUGAUGAAAGAAACAGAUGAAGAUUUGCGAUCCGAAUUUCAAUGGUGCUUAAAACCGAUGAUGGAAUUGAAGCUUGAAAAUGUACAGAAGGAGGUGUUGCAAGUUAUUGGCGAUCUGCAAAAAUUACCAAAAACAUUCGACAGUUUCAAAUUACACGCAAUGUCUUGUUUGGUUAAUUCGCGAGAUGAUAAUCUUUUUUUGAUGUGCUUAAAUCAACUUUUAAAUACAGCAAUUGUAUCUGAUUAUGCAUUUGUUGUCGCUGAAAUCAAGCACGCUAUUGAGGAUCAUAUGGAAAAAUAUGCCCUCAAUUUACACCCUCGACAGUGGUUUCUUCGGAAGAAGAAAUAUAUAAUGGAAAGUUUUACCAAACGGAUAAUCUUUGGAUAUUCUGAAGGGACAAAGCCUCUGAAACGAAAUAAUUUUUCGCAGUUUGUUGAUGAAAGAUUCGGGAAAAGUAUCGAGUAUGCUUUAAAUGUUGUUGUUGAGAUAUUUGAUUUCUCAAGAGAUGAUAUUGAAAGUUUUAUGCGGGAUGCUUGUCCUGAAAUUGUUACUUCCCUUCUGCUAGACUGCAUAGCGGAAAGGGAGAAAGUGCAAAUAGCAUUGGACACUAUUGCACGACUACGACGAAUACAACCCGAAAUAUUGAUGGAAGAAUCUUUGCCGUUAUUAUUAAUCAAACAUCUUUUAAAUAAUUUGUCGACUCAAAUUAUGCAGAAUGCUCUAAAUUUUAUCAGCAUUUAUACAAAAGGAAGUUGUAAUUGGUCAACAUUGGUUUCAAAGAAGGCUUAUGAGUGUACUGUUUGUCUGUUGCAAUAUUUAUCUGUUCAUGAAGAGAAAGCAAUGAUGCAUAUUAAGAAUUUAUACAAAUUAACCUACGGUCGAAAUUGUCCAUUCAGUUUUACCACUUUCAUCAGACAAAGUUAUUUGGGAAUUUUGCUGCACUUUCGACAAGCUGUCAAUGAUGAUCGUUUCUAUGAUGACCGACUGAUAUUAGUAUCAAGCCUCUGUAAAGUGAUGGCAAUGAUCAAAGUAGAUGGCACCGAUUUCCUUGAUAACACAGCUGAUAAAAUGUUAAUUGUUUUACGCGCAUUCACACCAUUAGGCACUGUUGUCAUUGAAUUAUGGAAAGUUUAUUUGAAAACUUUGUCAGAUGAGGUUCUGGUGAAACUUUUGCCGCAGACUCUAGUUUCAAUCAUUCCGUUAUUGCAGUACAAGCAGGCUCGGGAGCUAUUAAGAUAUAUUUUCGAAGAAAGACAAUUGCAUUUUGCAGCGAAUGGAAAAUUUGAACGCAUCGCUUUGGUUUUUUGGAAUAAUCCGAAAAUUUCAAUUAAUGAAUACCUACCACCGGGAGUUGAGAAGUCUCCACCAGAACUGGUUUUUCAUGCAUGCGCUUCUUUACUGAAGGAAAGUUAUGAAGAAGUCGGUGAAGUAAUAUUGCAUAAACUACUAAGUUUGCUAAAUGAAUACAAUGAUUUGUCAGAUAGCUGUUUUGAUAGCGUUGCUGCGGAAUUGGUUCCGUCACUACUUCAAAUCAUACGAAAAAGUUCGUUAGCGGAAUGUCGUUACUUAGCUUCUUUAGCACUUGGUUGUUUGGGUGCUGUCGAUCCAGGUCGUAUUGGUUUAUCACUGAUGCGUAAUACAAAUGCUGAUCGGCAUAAUGCCCGAUUUGUAUUUGUUGAUUCUGGAAAACAGUUUUACAUUGAACUUCUCGAACGAGCGGCGGUAGCUUUUUCUGGAAUACUGGAUGCUAGCAUGCAAGUAGAGUGUUCAUAUAGUAUUCAGACUAUUUUACGAGAACUGCUUGGAAAACAUGGUUCAGAGAGUUCGCAUUUGUGGGACUCAUUAAGCGACCAAUGUCGAAACUCGUUGUCGAUGCUCAGGAAAUCAAGUUUUAUAUUGCAUAAGCCUUUCCAAUAUCUUCCGGCAAAAAGGCCAAUAAUUGAAUGCGAGGAAGUGAAAGAUUUCAGAAGCUGGUUGAACCUAUGGUAUAAAAUAACAGCUUCAAAGAUACGCGAUGAGAAAUUGAAAAUUUUUUUCGGUGCUUUAGAAGGCUUAGUAAAUGCAGAUAUCGUUUUUGCUGGCUUCAUCUUACCGCAGUUAAUUCUUCAGAUUAUUAUUGAGCAUAACCUCACGUAUAUGGAUGAGAUUGGCAUGGAAAUGAUUGCAGUUCUGCAGAGGUCAAUCGUUGAUAGUGGAUGGCCUAGAUCGGCUGCACAUCUGAUUUUUGCAGUUGUCGAUUGUCUGGAGCGAUUUAUAUAUCAUCGUCGAUCUCUAAAAAUUCCAACCGAUAGGGUUCUCUUGCGUACUAUAGAAAUUCUGUCAAAUGUAACGAUACAGAGAUCGGAUGAUGGAAAUUGCUUAAUCGUUGCUGCAGCUACAGUAUGUCAUUGCACGACAAGAGCAUUGAAAUGGUGUGAGCAGUAUGCAAUUGGUUAUGAUGAAAAUGGCCAGACGUUAUUUAAACCAGAUCAGUUCAGCUUUCUUGAGAAAAUUUAUUUUGAUCUGGGUGAUAUGGAUGGUGUAGCUGGAGCUUUUGAAACGAUACGUUUCUGUGCUGAACCAACCAUAAACGACCGGAUUUUAUCGUUAGAAGCCGAUGGAAAUUACUGGGAUGCAUUACCUUUGUAUAGAAAAUCAAACAAUGUGGAGAUGGGUCCUUCCUAUAUCAAAUGUUUAUUGCGUCUGAAUGAACCGCGAUUAGCGCUGAGCGGAAUUAUUGAUUUGUUACAAGGAUCGGAAAAUAUCGAAUUUCAAGAAAAAUUGCGUUCAUGUCAAUUGGAAGCAAUGUGGCAGUUGCAACUCUGGGAUGACUUAACAGAUUCGUUGUGUAAGAAACCUGAAGCAACAGUAUGUGGUGCUACAUAUGCAAGCGUAAUUUGUACCCUGAGAAAUCAGCAGUUCAAUUUAAUGGAUGAUUUUUUAAUCAAUGCUCGAAUGCGUUUGGCAGAUGCACUGACUGCUAUGACGAUUGAAGAUUCAGAUACUUAUACACAAGCUUAUAAAACUAUUACACAAUUGCAUAUAAUGGCAGAAGUAGAGGAUGCGAAGAGUUCACUGAAGCUAGAAAAUGGCGGAAUUUUAACAGUGGAAGAUUUGUCCAAAGUUUUGAGUGUUUGGCAGAAACGUGCAGCAAAAGCGAUUCAAAGCGGUAGCGUUUUGGAGCCGAUUUUGAGUACUCGUCGAAGCCUAUUGGGCUUGUUAAAAGGUGACAUUGGACGAGAUUCGAUUUGUGAUCUCUUUUUGCAGAGUUGUCGUUUAGCGAGACAUGAUGGGCAUCUACAAGUUGCUUGGUCAUACCUUAGUCAGGCAAAGGCAUUAAAUGUUAACCAAUUUGAAGUUGAAAUGGAAGAAGCUCGAUAUCUUUUUCAGAAGGGAAAUCAAGUCCAAGCAAUACAAAUUCUUUCAAAUUUGUUGAAAAGACGUUUUUUGGACGAGAUGCAGCAACUGAAAAAUAUCUCAUGUGACGGAAAAGAUUUUUGUUGCAGUGAGGAAAACUACUCUAGGGAAUUGAAAAAGGGAAAUGAAGAUUUUGUCAAGGCACAAUUACUAUUUGCCGAAUAUUCAUUAAGAGCAGGAGCCAGUAGUUAUGGAGAUUUUUAUAAGACAUAUUUUUCACUUCCUUUAAUUGCUGAACAGUCUGAAGAUUUGUUUUAUCGAGUAGCCGUCUUCUUAGAUAAAUAUUUAUACAGCAAGAACGAAAAUGCUGAAGCUCAUAAUGUUACAAUGAUUUUAAAAGCCUACAGGCGAGUGCUGAAGCAUGGAAAAAGUUAUUUGUUUCAUGUUAUGCCACGAAUGUUAAGCAUCUGGUUGGAUUAUACACAGAAAAUGGUUGAAAAUGGAAGUAUGCAGCCACCAAUGAAAGUACACAUAAGAGGAUUACCAUUAAAAAGUUCAGCAAGCGAAGAUAAAUGUGUUAGAGAGAUGAAUGGAGUAAUAUACGAUGGUUUCAAAUGCAUUGAUCAUUAUAUGUUUUAUACAGCAUUUGCUCAGCUAAUUUCUCGUAUUACUCAUCCAAAUGAGGAUGUCUUUCAAACGUUGAAGAAGAUUCUAUCUACAUUAAUAGUAGAAUAUCCACAUCAGUGUUUAUGGCAGUCUAUUGCUGUCUUUCGUUGUGACGCUGAUAAGCAACCAUUACGUUUCACCCGUUGUCGCGCUGUAUACGAUUUAGCUAAACGGAGUGAUGAAACUGGUCUAUUAAAAAUUUUAAUUCCACAAUAUGAAUAUGUUGCAGCUGCUUUUAUCAGGGUUGCGGAAGACAGUUGUCCAAUAGGUACACAAUCGCCAUUCAGCCAACGUUAUGCUUAUCUUUCAGAAUAUUUUCAGAGCGGUAAAAUAAGUCCGAUAAUUUGGACAGCAGAAGGAGGUCAGGAAAAAGAUAAAAAAGAAUCGGUUCGACCAUCAGUCGUUGUACCAUUGCAUAAGAUGAUCGAACAAGCGAUUCCAACCAGUGUUUUGAGCACAUUAUCACAAUUUCCGGAUGCGAAUUUGGAAAAAACUAUGCCAGAAACUUCGAGUAACAUGAAAUUGAGCACCAUAUAUAUUCACUCAAUUGAUGAAGAAUUUACUGUAAUGAAGUCAUUAGUUCGUCCCAAAAGGAUUACCAUAGUGGGAUCUGAUGGUAAAAAAUAUCCGUUGAUGUGUAAAGCAAAAGAUGAAUUGCGUAAAGAUGCUCGUCUUAUGGAUUUCAAUCGGGAUGCUGGUGGUUUAAUUGAAUGGAUUCCAAAUCUCCAAACUUAUCGAAGUCUUGUGGAGCAGCUGUUAAAAGAAAAAUGUAAUAGCGUAAUGACCGAUAAAGAAUGGUUUGCUCGAUGGGUACCUAAUGGAACCGAUGAAGAAAAAUUGGCAAGAUUACGGACCGAGUACUAUCCAAGACAUCCAAUUGUGAUGCCGGAAUGGUUCAGGCGUUCAUUUCCGGACUCAUGUCGUUGGUACGCUGCACGUUUGGCUUUUACAUAUACAUCAGCAGUAAUGAGUAUGGUAGGUUUUAUACUGGGGCUCGGAGAUCGGCACGGUGAGAAUCUCUUACUUGAUCUUAUCAAUGGUGAUGCGAUUCAUGUGGAUUUCAAUUUAUUGUUUAACAAAGGAGAGAAUUUAAAUGUUCCUGAAGUAGUUCCAUUCCGUUUGACGCGCAAUAUUGUUGCUGGUUUCGGGGCAACUGGUGUUGAGGGCGCAUUUCGUCGUUCAUGUGAAACAACAAUGCGUGUAUUACGUGAACAUGAUGAGGCAUUACUCACUGUUUUGCAAACAUUUGUACAUGAUCCACUUCUAGAAUGGAUGCAUAGCGAAAGUCGAGCUCAGCAAUAUAAGCAGCGAAAGCGAAAUGAAAUCAAAUUAUCACCGUCAGUAGCUCAACAACAGGCACAAGAAGCAAUCGACAUGAUCCGAUCCCGUUUGAUAGGUCACAUUAUAACGCCAAAAAUUUACCGCACAGAGACGAAUAACCCACCAAUGAGUAUUGAAGGACAAGUAGGUCGACUGAUUGAUAUUUCUUGCGAUGAAUUAAAUCUUGCUCGAAUGUAUAUUGGCUGGUGUCCGUUUAUAUAA